AUGUUCAAGAGAAUGGCCGAAUUUGGGCCUGACUCCGGAGGGAGAGUGAAGGGUGUUACUAUUGUGAAACCUAUAGUUUAUGGUAAUGUUGCUCGAUAUUUUGGAAAGAAAAGAGAAGAAGAUGGACAUACCCAUCAAUGGACAGUAUAUGUAAAACCAUAUAGAAAUGAGGAUAUGUCAGCAUAUGUGAAGAAAAUUCAGUUUAAAUUACAUGAAAGCUAUGGCAAUCCUUUAAGAGUUGUUACUAAGCCUCCAUAUGAAAUUACCGAAACAGGAUGGGGUGAAUUUGAAAUAAUCAUCAAAAUAUUUUUCAUUGAUCCUAAUGAAAGACCUGUAACCUUGUAUCAUUUACUAAAGCUGUUUCAAUCAGACACCAAUGCAAUGCUUGGGAAAAAGACAGUGGUUUCAGAAUUUUAUGAUGAAAUGAUAUUUCAAGACCCAACAGCAAUGAUGCAACAAUUAUUAACAACAUCUCGGCAGCUUACAUUAGGAGCCUAUAAGCAUGAAACAGAGUUUGCAGAACUUGAAGUGAAAACACGAGAAAAAUUAGAAGCUGCCAAGAAAAAAACCAGCUUUGAAAUUGCAGAGCUUAAAGAGAGAUUAAAAGCAAGUCGUGAAACCAUAAAUUGCUUAAAAAAUGAAAUCAGGAAACUUGAAGAAGAUGAUCAAACAAAAGAGAUAUGA